GCUCCCAAGCGCCCCCACACUCCGACCACGCCGUCCGCUCCCCCAGCAACCACGCCGCCCGUCCGCCCCGAGAGGAGAGGAGAGCACAGAGCAGGAUGCCGGCGACGCCGACGAUCAUCGGCGCCCUGCUGGGGCUGGGCACCCAGAUGUACUCCAACGCCCUCCGCAAGCUCCCCUACAUGCGCCAUCCCUGGGAGCAUGUAUUGGGGAUGGGUCUCGGUGUCGUGUUCGUGAACCAGCUGGUGAAGUGGGAUGACAAGCUCAAGGAGGACCUUGACAAGAUGCUUGAACGCGCAAAGCAAGCCAACGAGCGGCGCUACAUUGAUGAUGAUGAAGAUUAGCUGUUCAAUCAAAUUUGUUUGCCAGCAACCUGUAUUUUUGCACCUUGUUGUCAGUACACAUGGUCAGGACCAAGGUCUUAGUGGCAGUAUCGACUUCCGCAUUUCAACUGUGGUCUUGUAAUAAAAUGUUGUUUCCCAAUGGAUCAGAUGGUUUGCUUCUGUAAGAUACCAAUUAUGGCAUUUGAAUCUGAUGGCAUUUGUUCCAAUGAUUGUGCUUUUUGCGUCGUUAA